UUCAUCUCAAUCAUGCUGUGAUGUUGUAAUUGCUGUGUUGUAGUUGUUGCUAUGGUGAUGUCAGUCAGAAUGGCUCCUCCUCUUCCUGUGAUCUUUCUCCUCAUGAUUCACAAUGUUUUCAGUGAAGGUUGGGGUGUGAGUUACAGUCCUUCACACAUCUGUUCACUAAAGACCUCAUCAGUGAUAAUGAGCUGCACUUAUACAUACCCUACUGGACAUAAGAUUGAGAAAGUGUUCUGGACCAAAAACCCUGUAAAGGGUAAAGAGACUCCAGAUCUGUCUGUGGAUCCUGAAUACAGUCAGAGGCUUCAGUAUCUGGGAGACAAACAGCAGAACUGCACCAUCAGACUGAGUCAUGUGACACAGAAGGACCAACACAUGUACUGUUUCAGAUUCAUCACUGAUAAACCUAAUGCCACAUGGCUUGGUGAACCAGGAGUGAAUCUCACUGUCACAGAUCUUCAGGUGGAGGCUCCUGAGAGAGUGACAGAGGGUCAUAAUGUCCGUCUGACAUGUAAAAGCAGCUGCACUCUGACUGACAGAGCAACAUUCAUCUGGUACAGAAACUCACAGCAAUUAACUGAGAGAAGAGACAGAAACAAUCAACUCCUGCUGCAGUCAGUCAGAAGAGAGGAUGCAGGCAGAUACAGCUGUGCUCUACAUGGACACACUUACAUCUCUCCUGCUGCUCAGCUCAAUGUCACCUAUCCACCAAAAAAUGUCUCAGUGUCCAUCAGUCCAUCUGUAAUAUUGGAGGGAGAUUCAGUGACUCUGAACUGCAGCAGUGAUUCAAACCCUCCUGCAGAAAUCAGCUGGUUUAAAGGAGGAAUGUUUGUAGGAUCUGGAAGAAUCUACAGCAUCUCAAAGAUCAGCUCUGAUCACAGUGAAGAAUACAAGUGUAGAUCCAGCAAUGAACAUGGAGAGAAAUACUCUGAUGCUGUGAUGCUGAAUGUGAUGUAUGCUCCAAGAAAUGUAGUGGUGUCUAUAAGUGGAUCAGGUGUAAUAUUGGAGGGAGAUUCAGUGACUCUGAUCUGCAGCAGUGAUUCAAACCCUCCUGCAGAAAUCAGCUGGUUUAAAGGAAGAAUGUUUGUAGGAUCUGGAGGAAUCUACAGCAUCUCAAACAUCAGAUCUGAUCACAGUGAAGAAUACAAGUGCAAGUCCAAAAAUAAACAUGGAGAGAAAUACUCUGUUGCUGUGACUUUAAACGUCACGUAUCCUCCCAGGAACGUCUCAGUGUCUAUAACUGGAUCAGGUGUAAUAGUGGAGGGAGAUUCAGUGACUCUGAUCUGCAGCAGUGAUUCAAACCCUCCUGCUCUGAACUUCAGCUGGUUUAAGGAGAAUCAAAGCUCAGCUGUUGGAUCUGGACAGAGUUUCAGUGCACUACAGAGUGGACGCUUCUACUGUGAGGCUCACAAUCAACAUGGAUCUCAGAGAUCAGACGCUGUUACUGUCACAGUUCAUCAUGGAGCUGGUAGGAAUAUGAUUGUGAUCGCAGCAACAUCUGGAGGAUUAUUCAUCACCAUCAUCAUCAUCAUCAUCAUAUGGUUUAUAAUGAAACAAAGGUGUGUUAAAACUGAAGAUAACAGAGUGAAACAGAUCUCUGAUCCUGACACAUAUACAGCUCUUGAGCUCAAGUCCACGACCUCUGACCUCUACGACACACUCACAACCGUUCGUCCCAGACCUCCUGAAGACUCUUGAUCCUAAACAUGAGAAUCCAUCAAUCAACAGGAAGACGCUGCAGUGAGAGGCGGAGCACAGAGGAACCAAUCCUUAGCUCUGUGGGUGGAGCCACAUAUGAUUGACAGCUGUCA